AUGGCCUUGGACAGGCUAAAAGAACGUCACGUUGCCGGUGAUGGCUGCGGUGAAAUCGAUUGGAUUAGCUGGUUCCAGUCAGAACUGUUAGCUGAUUCUAUGCAAUCGUUGAAACGAAAGGUCGUUCCCGUCGAACCAAUGGCCGUACUGUGCCAUGGUGACUUCAAUCGGAACAAUCUGCUGUUCCAGUACGACGACAGCGGUCGGCCAGUGGACUCGCUGGCGUACGACAUGGCCACUAUCCGGUACUGGUCGCCGGUCCUAGACCUGUCGUUCUUUCUGUACAUGAACGCGGAUCGCCGGACCCGGGACGAUCAUUGGGACACGUUGCUGGAUGUGUACUGCUCUACGCUGGCCGCGGUUGCAGGUGACGUCCGGGUGCCGGGCCGCGAUCAGCUGGACUCCGAAAUACGAGAAUAUGGGUUCUACGGUCUGGCUCACGUGUCGUACUUCGCAGGCAUAAUAUUGGAGGAAACCGCUCAGGUGGAUUGUGAUGAGUUCUAA